UGGCAGUGUCUUCGAGACGGAGCAGUAUGAGCAAGCCUCCAGAGACGGUCCGCUAUUAUUAUGAGGCCACCAAGUCCAAAUCAAAGGCGUCUAUCUCGGUAUCAAGUAUGGCCAAGAGCAAAGACGGCCACGCAGUAGCCGAGAAACGGCCCAAACUUCAGCGAAGUGCUUCGACGACUCAAGGCAAGCCCGUCCACGACAACCAGAAAGAGAAAGAGAAGGAAAAGAAUGGCGACAAACAACACCGCCGUCGCAGCUCGUCCUUCCUGGGCUCCUUCUUCCGAUCAGCUCCUGCAUCAGCAGCAGCCACAGCAGCCGUGACGACACACACCAGACCGCAACCUCGCACCGCCGAGUGCCUGACAUGCGGCUCCGACCAUGUGCCCAUAACUCGUUCUGCCAAACUGCAAUGUGGUCACCGCAUGUGUAACUCAUGCCUCCGCCGCAUCUUCACCAUGUCCAUCAAGGACCCGCAACACAUGCCACCCAAAUGCUGUAACGCCGACCACAUCCCGCUCAAGCAUGUCGACCACCUCUUCGAUGAUAGGUUCAAGAUUCUGUGGAACUCCAAAUAUCAAGAGUACACGACAAAGAACCGCCUUUACUGCCCUGCAAAUGGCUGCGGCCAAUGGAUCAAGCCGGCCAACAUGCACAGGCUACACGGUCGCAAGUACGGUCGCUGCCCGAGAUGCAAGACAAAGGUGUGCACUUUGUGCAACAACAAGUUCCACUCGAGCGGCGAGUGUCCCAACGAUCCGGAGACCAACAGGCUUGUCGACAUGGCCAAAGAGAAGGGAUGGCAGCGCUGUUACAAUUGCAGAGCAAUGGUCGAACUUAAGGAGGGCUGUAACCACAUGACCUGCCGCUGUGGCUCCGACUUCUGCAUGCUCUGCGCCAAUCCCUGGAAGACUUGCGAAUGCCCUUGGUUCAACUACGCUGCCGUCCCCGACCAAGAUCGCUUGAACCACAUGCGUGUCCCAGAAACUCUUGUCGAUCAGCCCCGUCAUGAUAGAAACGCCAGGAACCAACGUAACGAUCCGAAUGAACGACAUGAACGACCUGAAAGACGAAGAAAUGAUCCUAGAAACCCAGUAUUGACAUACCAACAAGAGCUCGAUGCUCGAAGACGUCAGGAACGUGAAGACGAAGCUUUGGCCCGCCGUCUAUCAACGGCUAAUAUUGCUGAUCGACCGCUCCCUCCUCGUCCUCGCCGUCGUGACACUGUCACUGAAGAAGUCUUCGGCAAUCGAGGCGACCAUUUUAUGAACGACAAUUUUGUCUCGAGCAAGUCUCGCAUCAAUGCCAGCGUUAUCGGCGACGCUGCAUUCGCUCGUCGCGGCGAACGUGAAAGCGGCCGCAAGUCGAGACGUCAAUCAACUUCUCUCUCCGACAACGAUCCAGGACUUGCACUCAAUGCUUUCGGCACUGAGAGCAUGCUCGGUUUGGCACCACCUCCAGCCUCUGUCCAACCUCCUGCAAGACGACCGAGCUUGAGAGAGCGACUGGGCAGUAUCAGCAAUCAGAAUGGUCGCGAGAGAAUUGGUGGUUGGCUAAACAAACUCGGAUGAUACGAUUGAUUACCUAACGACAAUGACCACGACCCUGCAUAUCACAUUCACGACCUCUAGAUACCCAAUUAAUGACACCACCUUACUUUGUUGUUUGUUUCGACUUUCGUGACCCGCUCAUUAUUUUUCGAUCGAAAUUGUAUGCUAACAAUGCCAAGAGGCUGUUCCAG